AUAAACUAUCAUUUGCAUGGCAUUUUUAUGCUCUUUAUCAGAUAAAUCUGUAUUUUAACAUGCGCACCAAUAAAACUGUCCAACUAUCUCAAAGAUCACAGAAAUCACGUGUACACUGAUCUUUGAGCUUUCUUUAUUUUCAAUUGGACAUUAAGAAAAAAUAACAGUGGCAGAUCAACAGAAGGUCAGGAUUUAAAAUGAAGAUGAUCAAUGUACUGUAUGUAUACUUUCUGACUCUUUCCUCAGCAGUGUUGUGUGAAAGCCUUCAUGAUGCAGUUCACAAGCUGAAAAUGGACGAAGCAUUGCUAACAUUUCACAGUGAACUACAGUACAGUAUCAGUGUUCUCUACACAUCAGAUUACUGUUAUAAGUGUCUUUAUCAGCAACUUGCGAUAGUUAGGAAUGGACAACAGAAUGUAUCUGUUGUGGUACGCGCUCCAUUUCAAUUGACAUUAAGAAUCUCACCUGUGGAUGGAAACGGCACUCUGUGCAGUCUGAGUCAGACAUUUGAGGAAGCUGGCCAUUAUUCCCUCCGGAUGAGGCAGUCGGGCUUGUUAAAUGAUGUAACCUGUUCUCUCACUGUGGACAAGAGUCCACACAAUGCCUACCUGCCUUUGUUGGUGGCAUUUUUGCUUCUGGGUCUUGCUGUUAUCGUUUGGGCCUCUUUGCCUUUUAUUAGGAGAUGUAAAUGUACACAAAGGCUAAAGGAUCUUGUCUGCUGUCACGGGCCCCAAUACUCCAUGGAAAGCGAGGAGACCGCUAAUGAACUUGGCGUGGAACAAAACAAAUCAAAAUCAACAAGACUGAAGUCAUUAGACACAUUUCGAGGAUUCUCUCUGACAGUCAUGGUGUUUGUGAACUAUGGAGGAGGUGGAUACUGGUUUUUCGAACAUGCACCAUGGAAUGGUCUCACAGUAGCCGAUCUUGUGAUGCCUUGGUUUGUGUUUAUGAUAGGUACUUCUGUAGUGCUAGCCUUCAGCUCGAUGCGUAAGAAAGGUGUUCCAAGGCUACAGCUCCUUCGCAAGUUAUCCUGGAGAACAAUAGUCCUGAUUCUCAUUGGAUUCUGCUUCAUAAACUACAGCCCGAGAGAUGGUUUAUUAUCCUGGUCCUGGUUACGGAUACCCGGAGUCCUCCAGCGUUUGGGUUUCACAUAUUUUGUCCUGGCACUGAUGCAAACCUUCUCUCCCCACAGAGAGAUCCCUUUGAAUGUGCAUCACUGGUGGAACCCUGUUCAGGAUGUGGUUUUGUACUGGCCAGAAUGGCUCUUCAUUGCCUUGCUGGAGAUCGUGUGGCUCUGUAUCACAUUCUUCUUGCCUGUUCCAAACUGCCCCACUGGAUAUUUGGGAGCUGGUGGUAUUGGAGAUGAUGGUCUGUAUUCCAACUGCACUGGAGGAGCCGCUGCAUAUAUUGACAGGUGGUUGUUAGGGGACAAAAUCUACUGGCAUCCAAGCUGCAAGGUCUUGUAUCAUACAACACAGCCCUUCGACCCAGAGGGUGUUCUGGGUACAAUUAAUUCCAUAGUCAUGGGUUUCUUUGGGAUGCAGGCUGGAAAGAUUCUUCUGUUUUUUCGCGAAAGGAAUCGCAGCAUCCUGACACGUUUCUUAGCGUGGGCCCUCAUCCUGGGAAUCUCUGCAGCCAUCCUUUCUAAGUGCACAAGAGACGAAGGAUUUAUACCUGUCAAUAAAAACCUUUGGUCUCUGUCAUAUGUGACCUGCAUGGGCUUCAUGUCCUUUGUGUUGCUAGGUGUGAUGUACUUUGUCAUGGACAUAAAGAAGUGGUGGGGAGGGCAACCUUUCAUUUAUCCUGGGAUGAAUUCCAUUUUCGUUUACGUUGGUCAUUCUCUACUGGGCUUCUACUUCCCCUUUAGCUGGGAGAUGCGUUUUCAUGACAGCCACUGGGAGAAGCUCUUCCAAAACCUGUGGGGUACUUCACUCUGGGUCUUCAUUGCUUACCUGCUGUACCGCAAGAGAUUCUUUCUCAAAAUCUGAUGCCAUUAGAUCCCUCGUAAAAUGUUAGCCACAGGCCACCUUAACAGCCACAGCCAUCGGAGUUAAACUAAUCCAAAUUAAGGAUAAUAUUAUGUUAUUAAAGUGAUAAUUCACCCUAACAUGAUGUCAUCGUUUGCUCAUCCUAUUGUCAAACCUGUGUGACUUUCUUUCUUUGCGCGAACACAAAGGAAGAUAUUUUGGAGAAUGUUGGUAUAAAACAACAGCGGCACUCAUUCACUUAUAUUGUAUGGACACAAAACCAAUGCAAGUCAAUGAGUACCGUCGGGGUUCGGGAACCAACGUUCUUCAAAAUAUCUUCCUUUGAGUUCUGCGCAAGGAAGAAAUGAGUGUGAGCUCUUCAAUGAUGAAAGAAUUUUCAUUUUUGGGUGAACUGUCCCUUUAAGGAAUAAUCUGUUUAAUCUUUGUUAGUAAAAGUGUUUUGAUUAAUUUAACAAAAGAAUCUUUGAUCAUGAAAACCAUUGACACUUUCAGUGUUUUGUGAGAUUUUAGUAUCUCUCAUAUUGAAAUUGGUGUAUUCCCAUGUUCAAUUAGUUAAUAGGCUUAUGAGCUGAGACCAGGGAUCAGAUUUACUGUCUUCCAUGGACACCUGCAAUGUUUUAUUUGAUGUCAGUUGUGUUAAGACCUGAAUGUAGUGAUUAAAUCAAAUUCGCUGAAGUGGUACUUAACAAAUUAGAACAAGCAAUUCCACCACUUGAGGGGUAGCCAUUAUGUAUCGGUUGCCAUGGCCACCCCCCCAGUGCUGUGAGACACAGAGUGGGUACCAUCUGCUUUUCAACUGACAGCCCUUUAAUAGGGGUCAAGCUGUACGGCUCACUGAGGACUGGCUCUUUUCUUGCCGCACUCAAGCGAAAUCAUGGACAUUACACUGCCAGCUCACAUGCAUGUAGACAAAAUUUGCCAGUAUUGCAAAAUACCAAUGUUAAUAUGUCAAGUCAUAUUCGUAGGACGGAAAACUCUAAAAAGUUUCCUUUCUAGACCAGAAGCCUCCAGUUCACCCAAAAAUGUAAAUUCUGUCAUCAUUUACUCAUUUACCCUUUGUCAUUUCAAACCUGUCUGACUUUCUUUCUUGCACAGAACACAAAAGAAGAUAUUUUGAAGAAUGUCGUUAACCAAUCAGCGACGGAAUGGUUUCGUGUCCAUACAAUAGAAGUGAAUAGGAAAUGUCGCUGUUCAGUUACUAACUUUCUUUCGAAAUAUCUUCUUUUGUGUUCUGCGCAAGAAAGAAAGUCAGACAUGUUUGAAAUUACAAGAGGGUGAGAAAAUGAUUGCAAAAUUUUCAUUUUUGGGUGAACUAUCACUUCAAGCAGUAGGCCCAUUUCUUACACCAUCACCGAAUCCCACUCUGGCACUAAGUGUUCAAAAGAUGAAAUCUGUCAGGAUGCAAAGAUUGAAUCUCUCUUUCUAAGAGUUCUGAGAAAUGCUCAUAUCGACUGCUGUUGAUAAACUGCAUGUGGCUGUAAACACAAACACGUUGGAUUGUGCCAUGAGCACAACGUCUGCUUUUAUCUUCCACAGUACAGAAGCGAAAACGAUCAUGUGUAGUCUAAAUUCAUAGUUAAAUUUUUGUCUUUAUUUAGCACUAAAGCGUUCUAUAGGGAUAUUUAUAUUGUAGUGAAGGGGCUUAAACAUUUGAACCUGUAUAGAACUCCACUGAGCCCUUUCUCUCUGUUAGUUAAUGAGAAGGCAUUUCAUUGUGAGAAGAUCAUAUUACCAAUUUGUACUAAGCAGGGUCUAUGAGUGAAGCAAACUGGUCAACUGAUUUUGGGAAUUGACUAAUGACUAGUGCGCUAAACUAUGUCCCAGCGGGAGUAUGGGCUUUAUUACAGAUAAAGUUUCAACUUCAACAGUAAGCACUUUUUGAAUCAAUAAGUUUUUUAUCAACUACUUAUCAUGAUUAUUAUUUAAUGAAGGGUGUAUAGAUGCACAUCUGUAAUAGCAAAAUACUACUGAGAACACAACAAACAGCCUGUAAAUAAUAUUGUAGUUUCCUGUUGUCUACUAGGGAGAAUCUGUUUGACAGUAUCUGACAGUAAAUAUUGUGAUCUUAUUUACUUCAUAGAAUGGGCUGAAGCUUUUAUCUGAACACAAUAUUUUAAAGUAACCACAGCAAAAAAGAAAAUGAGAUGGUGGAAUAUAUCAUGAUUCUACAUUGGCUUGCCUAUAUUGAUUUACACUGACCAUAUGUCUGAAAAUACCACUGUGUGCUUGGUUUUAAGUAACCUGAGCUUUGUUAAUACGCAUCAUGUCUUUGGUUAUGUACCUACAUGCAGCUAUGUAAACAAAACCAUCCUGUGGCUAAUAUGCAAAAUAAAAGAAUAUUUAUGCGACACCACACACGCUAUUAUCCACAAAAAAGCGGUGCUUGAAACAAUACCUCUGUGUUUUUUGUAUUCUCAUGACCUGUAGUCUGCGUAGUCAGAUUACAGGUCAUGAGUAGUUUGUGUAGUCUUGACCCCAAUUGUAUAUUGUUCCAAACAUGAUUGACCACCAUCUUUAUUUCCCUGUAGAUUAAUACUAUAUACAUACUCCACUUUUAGAUGUUUUUAUGAAUGAUAAACCGCUCAAAUAAUUGCUUUGAAUUUUGAUACAACAGCUAUAAACCAAAGGCUCUUGGGCUCUUUAUCUUAUGCAUGCUUUAUUUAAAGUCUCCACUAUUGUUGCGUUUGGCAUCCAUCAAAGCAGACGUUGAUUGGAGUGAUUGCCCUGUGAUGCUCUGGUGGGCUGCCCUAGAGGCAGAGUAAUGCAUCAUGCUUACCCCUCUUCACAAAAAGCUAAGCCAUCAGCUGGUCCAACAGCACCCCAGCACAGCUAAACACUGGCUCACAGACUGCCAGCAGACAUCAGGGCCAAAACAGGCCCACACCAUUUUGAACUCGGAGCAACCUUGUUAAGCCUUGGCCCCUGUACUAAAACGCUUGAUUACUGAUGAAGAAAAAUGCUUAUCUGAAUGCACCGUCUGACAUUUAUAGAUGGUAAUUGAGCCAAAGUCUCCAAAUUAAAUGUCUGUGACCGAAUUGUUGUCAGUAUUUACUAUUUUCAAAUACCCAAGGAUUCUGAUCCAAAAUUGUCAUGUCUAUCUUUUUGUCUGUCUUUGUACCUGUACUUGAUCUUUGUUUUGUUUGUUUAGAGAGGAUAUCAGAUCUUUCGAAGAGAUUUUGAUUAAAAAACCGUCCGACGUGAUGGAAAGCUCUGGCA